AUUUCCUCUUUAUUUCCAACCCAAAGCCACCUUCGUUUCUCACUCUACAGUUUUUUAUUUUUUUUUUUUUGUUCUCUCUCCCCCUCUCUCCUCUCUCUCUAGAAUGGAUUCUUCGAUUGUGGUUAAUAGCAGCGUUCAGCACGUGACGAAGAAGUCCUCCGACGAGCUGCUGAGGAAAUUUGCUGAAGUGGGGGCGGUGGCGGUGGCGAAGCCGCGGCGGAGGAGGGGCCGGAUUGUGAGGGAAAAUAUUGAGCAGUGCGAGAGCCCUGUUGGCGGCGUUGGCGGCGGCGGAGUUGUUGAGCGGCGGCGGCUGAUUCCGGCGGCGGGGAGGAACAAAUUUGGGAUUGGAAAUGGAAGGUCUCAGCCGCUGAGGGUUAGGGAUUUCAGAAACAAGUCUAUCCUUGGAGCCAUUCAAAAGACAUGGCGAAGAACAGUGGAAGGGGCUUCAAAGAUGUUAUUAGAGAGACAUUACAACACACACAGACGUUUGAUAAGUGACAUUGUCUGAUUUUCUCUCCCUCUUACUAUUAAAUUAUUAGAGGAGGCUCAAAAGUCCAUUUUACCCUCCCUAUCUUAUCUUUAAAUAUUUAUUUAAUUAAUAUUCGAAGCUUAUUAUGCUUCAUAAUCAUGGUAAAAUAAAGUUUAAUUUUCUAUAAAUCUAUAGAUUGA